UGCUAUAGGGUGGCUUUCAAAUGACGUUAUUAGAUUUUCUAUACAAAGAAGUGGAAUACAAUCCGUGUUUAUGUUUUUAAACAUUUUAGAAAGGGUACUUUUAAAUUAAUUGAGAAUAACAUGUAAUAUUUUAUAUUAUUUAAAUGAAUUAUUUCUAUUGCCUGAAAGACUACAAUCAAAAGAAAAAACUAGGUAAAAGUAGAGCAAGAUUCGCUCUAAAGCUAUCCCUGUCAGACCGAAAGUGGUAAAAAAAUUUUUUUCAGCCAUUCGUUGAGAUUUUGACCCACUAAACAUAAUGGUGCAAGAAUUUUUUCGAUAAUUCUUACCGUUUGGCCUGUACAAAAGUGACAGAAAGUCUAAAUGCUUUAGCCACCUUCUCAUAAUUUUCAAUUGUUAGAUACGGGUUGACUAAUAAUUAUAUAGAAAAAGAUUUUAAUUAAAUUUGAAUAUAUUGUAAAACUUGAUAUUAUGAACAAAUUCUCUUUUCUAUACAUGUCACUGCCUCUCGGCUUUAGUUUUCGAGAUAUUUGUAACAAACGUUUGCUACUCUUACAAUAUAUUCUGCGUGAUGAAUAGGAAAAGGUUGUUCAAAAUAUCAAGUUUUACAACAUAUUCAAAUUUCAUCGAAAUUGGUAAGCAAGGAAUUUUUCUAUAUAAUUAUCAAAGAAACCAUUCCAAUGCUUAUUUAUAACAUAUUAAAGAAGCAGAACAAAAGGAGAAACGAAAGAAUCUUUUACGUGUCAGCUGGUCUGCUGUUGAAAGCGAUUCCUGUUUAACGAAUCCAUGCAGGAUCAAAAGGAUGGGCGAGGCAAAAGCAGAAGGAUAAUAUGAUAUACAGGGAUUGGCUGGAUCCCCCAUAGAUAUAUGAAAUACGUGUCAUGGGGUCUCCCUGUUUCGAGUCGGAUCUCCUCGUUCGCUGUAACAACGUGUAUCCCCUCGAGGGAAGAAAAGAGAUCUUCAUCGUGUCUGUCGAGUGCCAAGGGCUCAUCCAUUUGAGAGGAUCAUUGUCGAGGAUCCGCGAUUAAGAUCGACGACCCUUUAGCCCGAUUACCACCAGCCAUAGAUACCCGUGUAUCCGUUUUUCUUUUUUUUUAGCCCUCUUCCGCUUUCAUAGCCGUCUCGCGCCGACAGCAAUAAUGGAAAUUUCCAAGCUGGCAAAUCAACACGAGAGCCUAUAAAUAAUAUAAUGCAUUCAAUUGCAACGAAGUAAUAAAUGUUAGGACAGAAAAAGAAGUUAGAAUUUGGUCGCAGGUAAGUCGUAGGACCUCCGCAAGAAUAUUCUAGUGUUUAUAGUUUCAGCUUUAUGACUUAUUUUUACGAUUCGUCUGACAGCCGAGGAUGGUUCGUUCGCUUUAUGGCAGCAAUAUUCCCAAUAUUCUCUAACGGACUUCUCUGGUUACUUUCAGGGAAUAAGUUGACCGUUUCUGGAAAGCUGAAAACAAACGAGAGAUAUUCUACGACUUACCCUCCGGUAAUAAAAAUUUAUUGGCACAGUUUACCUCUGUGUACUUCCAAUUACCUGGCUAAAGGUACCAAAUACAAAUCCUAUUCUCGAAUAGAAAAAAGAACAGAAAGAAAUUCCGGGUUUGGCGUUGCGCCAAAAUUUCUUUGUCAAAGGAAACCAUCGAACUUGCUGAAAUUCAAUUUGCCUACGUCGUCGUUUCCGUCGCCAUGAAUACCAUAGCACGGUGAAAUUAAUUUCACGCGCGCGUUUAACGGCGUCGCGACGACGUGAAAAAAAGCCGGCGUCCUAUUAGGCCACGCCCACCUCGGAGCGCGAUUCGACCGGAGACUCGCCAAUCGUAACGCGCGUUACGUCCGUGAAGGGGUUAGAAAUCGUAGUGGGGGUUAACGUUGAACACACCGCAUACACGUGCGAAUGACUUGUGGAACCCUGCACAUUUCGAUCGUUGGAAACUACCGGAAAUUCAAACACGUUCUGUGCCUCAAUUAAAUUCUGUAUAAAAUUUCAAUCUUUCAGCUGAUUAGUAAACAUUUUUAGGUGGGUUAAAAUGAGCCACAUAUUUGUAAGGGUGAAAGUGACGAGACACAACGUAGGGAGUUGGGUUGAGAUCGAUAAAGUCUCGUUGCUAAAGCGUUGCUAAAGAAACUUGGCGAUCGCGUCACCUAUGUAUAUCGUGUAAACAUUUAAAACAAGUCUAGUAACCAUGUCGUACCAGAGGAAAAAUUCUUCCACUCUGUCCAGUUGGAAGUACAAAGCCUAUGAACGACACCGUUCGAAGGUAAAGCAUGCCACGUGCGCGAUCGACGUGAAGCCUCCGAAAGACAGACCGCACGUUUUCUUCAACGCGAAGGGCUUACAAUUGGAGAAAGAGAAGCAAGAUCGAAUCAUGAGAGACAAUUUCAUUCUUCUAAAAAAAUUGCGCGAUAUCAUGCACCGGAAACGAACCACAGAAGAGAAUCACAGACUCAGAUGGGACGAGUCCAGAUGCAUCAGAACUCGUUGA